AUGAAGUUCUCAACCAUUUUCGUCACUCUAGUCCCUCUUGCGUACGCAUGCAACGCGCCUCAAGAAGCUGGAUCAAACCCCAAUUGUCUAGGAGGCGCGUUCACCGACUGUGCCGCCCAGAAGCAGUCACUAUGCACUCUUGAGUGUUUCAACCAACCACCAGGACCAUGCAGCACAGGCUGCACAACUAGGGCUCAACAAGAGUGCCAGAUGGAUUGCAUGGCAAUAAACAAUUGCGAUGAUUGUAUUAAACGUCUAAUGGUUGCGGGCGGAAAUGAAGACUCGGCUCGUGAGGCUUGCUCUCAGGAAGGAGACUCAUACUACUGCAACUGCGACUAA